AUGGAAUACUUCGGAAAAAUGCUUUUCUUAUUCAUACCCACGUUUCAUUUUCAGAUCCCUUUGGUGCAUUUCCAUGAGGUGUCAGAAUCUGGAAAAGGUCUGUCUGAAGGAGAUGUAGCUCGUCGCCAUGUUACUUACGGGAAGAAUAGCAUUGAAGUCAAGUUGAAACCGAUUCUCGUUCUACUUUUCAUGGAGGCGAUUUCGCCAUUCUACAUUUUCCAAGUUUUCAGUGUCUCGAUUUGGUUCUCUGAUAAUUACGAGUACUAUGCAUCAGUUAUAGUGAUUAUGUCUGUGCUGUCCAUUGCGAUAGAUGUCUACCAAACAAGGAGUCAGGAGAAAAAAUUGCGUUCAAUGGUUCAAUCGUCCAACGAGGUGCAAGUGUUACGUGAACAAACCGUAAAAACGAUCAGUAUACCGGGCGAUAUAUUUUUGGUACCACCUCAUGGAGGAAUAAUGCAAUGUGAUGCGGUUCUAAUGAAUGGCACAGCGAUUGUCAACGAGAGUAUGCUGACGGGAGAGUCUGUUCCUAUUACAAAGGUUGCACUACCCGCUGUGAGCGAAGAUGAAGAGAAUAUGCGAUUUUGCUUCGAAAAACACUCAAAGCAUAUACUGUACUGUGGUACACAAGUGCUACAAACACGAUACUAUCAAGGAAAACUAGUCAAGGUAACAAGCGAAACGAGUAAUUCGCGACGGCAUGUACUCGAUCGUAGGCCAAAACAAUUACUUUCAAUUCCUGACGAUUACAGUUUGUUUAUAAAAAUAUUUGGCAGUUAUGGUUACUUGGUAGCUCUGAUUUUCACUACUUAUCACAUCGUUUCAGCUGCCAUGUCCGUUGGUAUAAUAAAUUCUAACCUCCGACUUCGUAAAAAGGAAAUAUUUUGCAUAUCUCCGUCAACAAUCAACACAUGCGGUGCCAUCAAUGUAUGUUGUUUUGACAAAACUGGAACUCUUACCGAGGACGGUCUUGAUUUUCAAACACUGCGUGCUGUAACACCAGCGAAGGAAGCGGAGCCUCCCACGUUCACUGAGGUUUGCAUAUAUUUGCAACUGAUCACUGCCAUUGCAACUUGCCAUUCGUUGACUAAAAUAGAUGGGGAACUACAUGGAGAUCCCCUCGAUUUGAUUCUUUUCAAUCAGACCGGAUGGACUUUAAUGGAGUCAGUAGACGAUGAAGCUGACAGUGAACUGCAGCUCUUCGAUAAUAUUCAGCCUACUGUUGUGAGGCCACCAACCAAUCUCGAAGGUCAUCCAUUUAACAAGGAAUACAGUGUUAUUCGUCAGUUUACAUUCAGCUCUUCUCUUCAACGAAUGUCGGUGAUCGUAUCAAAUCCCCGUGAUGAUUCAUCUCAUGACAUGACUCUAUACUGUAAAGGAUCGCCAGAAAUGAUACAGACACUUUGUGAUCCGAAAUCAAUACCAGAUGACUAUCAGGCGCAAGUGAACUUGUAUGCACAACAUGGCUAUCGAUUGAUUGCUGUUGCUAGAAAAAGAUUGGAGAUGAACUAUGUCAAAGCAUCGAAAGUACCACGAAAUCAGGUCGAGUACGACUUGGAGCUUUUGGGUCUUGUCGUGAUGGAAAACCGAGUGAAACCAGCUACACUAGGAGUCAUCAAUCAGCUGAACAGAGCUCAUAUUCGGACGGUGAUGGUGACGGGAGACAAUCUACUCACUGCACUAAGUGUUGCUCGAGAAUGUGGAAUUAUUCGGCCAAAUAAACUUGCCUAUCUGGUAGAACAUCACACGGAUAUGGUUGAUCAUAAAGGACGUCCUCUGCUCACUCUUAGGCAGGUAUGCAUCACAACCUACUAUGAAAAUAUUAGACGAUCGAAGGAGAGGACUCAUCAGAUGUGUCAUAUUGAAGGUCCGACAUUUGCCGUGCUUGUACACGAGUAUCCUGAGCUGCUUGAUAAGCUAGUGGCGGUGUGUGAUGUAUUCGCCAGAAUGGCUCCCGAUCAAAAACAGCAGCUUAUAAAUUAUCUUCAGGAGAUCAAUUAUACUGUGGCUAUGUGUGGUGAUGGAGCUAAUGACUGUGCAGCCUUAAAAGCUGCUCAUGCAGGAAUUUCACUUUCCGAUGCAGAGGCUUCGAUUGCUGCACCGUUCACGUCAAGGAUUGCUGAUAUACGUUGUGUACCAACGGUGAUUCGAGAAGGUCGUGCAGCUCUUGUAACUUCAUUCGGUGUGUUCAAGUACAUGGCAGGAUAUUCGCUAACACAAUUUUCUUCAAUUAUGUUGCUCUACUGGAUUUCAUCCAACUUGGCAGAUUUCCAGUAUCUCUACAUAGACUUGUUCCUUAUUACGUUGGUUGCUCUGUUCUUCGGUAAUACACCAGCAAGUGACUGCCUGAGUUCGACUCCUCCACCAACACGUCUGCUUUCCCUCGCUAGUGUUACCUCCGUAUGCGGUCAGCUGUUCAUCAUGGCGAUCACUCAGGUACUUUUUCGUCACGGAACUUUUCAAAGGGACUUUACUCCUGGUGACGAGGAAGAGGACAUGAGAAGUAUGCAGGUACCAGCCUGCACAACAAUUUUCACGAGUAUUUCUAAAGGAGAACCGUAUAGGAAACCAAUGUUUUUCAAUCCACAAUUGUGUAUUAUUUUGCUAGUUUUGACGACGGUGAGUCUAACAAAACUUUUUUUGGAAUACGAUCCGAUACCGUAUUUCGAAAAUCGGCUCUUCCUGGUUAUGGUUGCCCUCAUUUGUGCCGUUAUCUCAUAUCUCUUCCAGUAUGGUGUGGUGGAGUUUUUGAUACUGGAACUUCGAGAAAAGUAA